UUGAAUUUCAUUGUCCCGUACACUAUUCUAAGGUCUGUAUGCGUCCAAAUUUUAUCUUCCGAAACUCUUAUGAGAUAACUGUACUAAUGCAAAAUCAUCCUUCAAGCUAAAGAACAUCCAAAGCGUCUAUCUGGAGAAGAGCCGAAAUACGGGGAACUCGGACAGCAACACGCCCAGAAAGAAUCUAAGUCCAGGUCCGAAUCAGCCAUAGGACUGGAAACCCCUUUCAAGGCCUGGCGCACAAGCGCUGACCGGAGAUAAAAGAAAGCGGAAGCAGAUAAGGGGAAAUCGCACGAGCGCACCGCCGGAAGCUGCGUCUCCGCCUUCGGUCAACCCGGCGCUCAUUCACUCAGCGUCAGUCGAAGCAAAAAGAAGAGCCAGAAUACAUCGUCCUUUCAUAGUUCACGUGUCAUCGUACUCCUAGUCUUGAACCGGCUCAGAAGUCGCUCAGCAGUUCGUAAUUGUUUUCGCGCCACCGAGUGUCUGUCGGGUGAGAUCUGGCGAUGUGUAAGGGUGCGGGAGGUGCGACAGGAUCGUGAUCUUUCGAGAGGCGCAACUAAGGGAAGAAUGAAUACCGCCACGAUGAGGUGCAUCGCCGUUCUGGUUUUCCUUGUUAUUGCCCUGUGCGCAGCCAGCCCACGUAGCUCGCCUUCCGAUUCGCCCCAAUGCCCGACGCCGAGGCUGAAAAACGGAAGAAUCCGGGCGAGAGGCCGCGGCAGAAUCAUCAGGUACAGCUGCUACGCCGACUACGAGCUCGUUGGUAAUAAAUACUCGACCUGCAUUCGUGGAUCCUGGGAUACACCUACACCCAUUUGCGUCAGUACGCGCUGUCCAGCUAUUCCAGCACCGAAGCACGCGGUCGUCGGCGAGAAGUACCACGGCGCAAUAUUAAUGUACUUUUGCGAGCCAGGCUACGUGCUCGUCGGCAACGCCGAAAUUUACUGCGACGGCCGACAGUGGAACGGCACUACGCCCUACUGCCGCGAUUCGAACGCCACCGCACCGACUUCCUGCGAUUUCGAAAAAGAUGGACUCUGCUGGUGGGAACAGGAUCCCAAGCACAAUUUCGACUGGAUCAGGCAUCGAUUCGACACGCCCAGCUCGCACAUCGGCACCGGACCUACUCAUGAUCACACUCUCGGCGCUGGGAAUGACGGAUAUUAUUUGUACAUCGAGGCGUCAGGAAGAUUAGUCAACGACACGGCCAGAAUUUUAUCGCCUCUCUACAAUGCCUCUCUCACGGAAUCAGGAUGUUUUUCCUUCUGGUAUCACAUGUACGGCACUACCAUCGGCAGCCUCAAUGUUUACUUGAAGCCGGAAGUGGAGGAAACGCCAAAACUUAUGUGGACCAAAAGCGGCAAUCAGGGCAAUCAGUGGCUGCACGGCUUGUUCGAGUUUCCCACUUUGAAUAGCAGUUUCCAGAUAAUCAUGGAGGGAAUUCGCGGCUCGAGCUACGUCAGCGAUAUCGCCAUUGAUGACAUCGCUAUUUUGCAAGGAGAUGAGUGCAACGUUAAGAAUCUAACCGUGUCCCCGCCCGCUUCUGACGGUGAUGAAGUAGAAGUUUUCAACGCGAUGCAGUCGUGCCAGAACCGUUGCGUAAACGGAUUAGCCGAAACCACCCCCAGCUCCGAAUUGUAUUCAAACCCAGAUGUGUGCCAGUGUACAUUGGACUGCGCAGAAAACUCCUCCUGUUGUCCAGACUUUGCCGAGUACUGUAUUUACGAGGUGACCGAGCAAGCGGAAACUCUCGUCCCAUCGACGAAUGACACAAUAGCCGUUGUGCCGACUAAUCCGACGACAGAAAAGCAGACGGAAAAAGGCCAGCCGUCUGCGACAAUGAGUACGGCUCCGAGCACGACUAGUACUACAACGACGAUAUCGACCUCGGUCAAAUCUACGAAAAUCACCGAAUCUACAAUUCCAUUUAGCACGGAUCGACCCAGAACGACGCUCAAUGAAACAAGCGUCGAAACAAGAGCAACUACUGCGCCGCCGACGAGAGCAGUCUACAGCACGGCCGCAUCGACAAUGAGCGUUCACGUGGAAACUCCGUUUGCCAGUCGGGUGCAUGAAACUAGCACUAUGCCGACAACUACGACUACUACGAGUACGACUAGAACGACGAUUGCUCCUAGUACCACUACGACUAAAGCGUCCACCGAACCGACCGAUGACGACGCGCAAGUGCAAACUGAACCACAACACGUCCUGGCUGAAUCCUCCAGACAUCAGUCGACCUUCGGCCUUUCUGGAAUCAUCGUCAUAGUCAUCGGCAUUUUGACGGGAGUCACGAUAACCACGGUUGUGGCGUUGGUGUUCCUUCGACGGCGACGCAGAGGCUCCAACAAGUCUGCUUUCUCCGAAGACAGCGAUGUGCGGUUUCUCACCUCCGACGAGGUGCUGGACUUUAACUUGGCCAAACCAGCCGGUGAAUACGAUGAAUUGUAAAUCGUAAAACUCGUUACGUUGGCUGCUAAAUUUUAAGGUGUCAUAUAGGUAGUCUUUUUUAACGGAAAAACGUUGUCCUUUCAAAGAAAUAUAACUGCAUUUACGUAAUAUAAGGUAAAUCAUUUUUGUUCGUACUUAAGAAGGACUAGACUAAGUACAAAGUGUGUAAUUAAAUGAUUAAUAAUGAAAUAUUGAAUAAAAAAAGCAUCAAUGAUUAUUAUA